AGUUCAGGGCAUUGUCAGUUUUGAAAUCUCCAUCAUGACUGGUCGUGGCAAAGGAGGAAAAGGUUUGGGAAAAGGAGGCGCCAAGCGUCACAGGAAAGUACUCCGUGACAACAUCCAGGGUAUCACUAAGCCCGCUAUCCGUCGUCUGGCUCGUCGUGGAGGAGUCAAGCGUAUUUCUGGUCUGAUUUACGAAGAGACUCGUGGUGUGUUAAAAGUCUUCUUGGAAAACGUCAUCAGGGACGCUGUCACUUACACCGAGCACGCUAAAAGGAAGACCGUCACUGCUAUGGACGUAGUCUAUGCCUUGAAAAGACAAGGACGUACCCUCUACGGUUUCGGAGGUUAAACCUUCCAACCUUUUCACCGCAUUUCAACGGCCCUUUUCAGGGCCAUCAA